GCGGGGCUACGGAGGACUGAUUGGAAUUGCGGCUGUAUUGGGAAGAGCGGCGAACGCCAAGGGGGAAAAGACGGAGCAGAACUCUGCGUUAGCGGGAGGGAGGCUUUGGCUCACACGCCACGCUUGUUCGCCGUUUCCUUUAAGGGAGCACAGCAGCAUGGGAGGCUUGUCCCAUGAGCGAGCGGCGUGGGGGAGGAAGAGGCGUAUCGUAUCGCAUCGCCUGACCUUUUCCCUUCUUCCGGCUUGGUUGCGUCGCCUUCCGCUUCCUCGGGUUGUUGGCUAGGUCGACUUCCGCUUGAGAGGGAACUUUCAAAGCCGCUUUCUCUAGGUGGGCCGUUAGGCUGCUCGGGUGCGCGCGCGGAGAGAGCUGGAGCCGUCAUGUCGGCGUCCUUCAGGGGGGCCGGGAGGCUCGGCCGCUACAGUCAGAGCAGCCGCGCGGAUUCCGCAACGCCUUGGUCGCCGGGGGUGGUGGUGACGCGGAAUCUCCAGGAGGAGCUCGAGAAGGAUAGCGGCCGCUGCGAAGGGGACCUGUGGGGCGGCGUUGAGCGAAGCUGGGACAGAUCCUUGGCCCCCCGGGCUGCGCUGAUCUCCUCGGUGCAGCACGAGACGGAGGGGGCGGGGCGUCGGUGGCCGAGCAGGGCCUGCGCUGUCUUCUGCUGCCUCGUGGCCGUGUCGGUGCUGGCUUUCCUGCUGGCCAUCGCUUGCUUGGUGCUCAGAGAUUUGCGGUCUGAAAAAGGCAAGACUGAUGUUAGCGUAGAAACAAGCAUUUUGGGAUUUUGGAGUCUUCUUGUUCUUGCCUUGAUGUCAGGUCUGUCAUGCUGCAGUUUUUCUUGGACAGUGACUUACUUUGACUCCUUUGAACCAGGAAUGUUUCCUCCCACCCCACUAUCUCCUGCACGAUUCAAGCGAAUGACAGGGCACUCCUUUCACAUAGGCUAUAGCAUGGCCAUACUGAAUGGAGUUGUGGCAGCUCUCACCAUCAUAUGGUGUCUUCUGUAGUCUGUUUCUCACAGCAUGACAGCCAAGCAAAGGCCUUUUAGAGCUGUGUCCACAUAAUGGUAUGUAAUGGCUUUCCACCCAUUACCAUUUCUUCAUACUUCUGCCAAAUAUUCCAGGAAGCAGCUGGCAGAAAAGCAGAGACAAACCAAAAGAAAUACUUCCACUUUCAUUUUGCAGCCACUUUGGACAACGUACAAAUCCAAGAAUGUGGUGUUCAGGAUGCAGUGUAGAAUCUGACAUUUCAUUUGAUGUGAAGACUAAAAAAGCAAUCUAGCAAAUUCCUGAAUAGUGCACAACUCAUGCAGUCUGACAGUACUGACCCAGAUUCUCACGAUACAGCUGCUUUGUGAAGUCAGUUUGAAACUGCCUCACCGUGGCAACCAUUUCACACAGUGAAAUAAAACCGUGACAUGUAUUUUAUAAUGGUUCGAAAAAUGGUGAUGUAUGCAAAUGACUAUGUGACAUACACUGCUAGCACUUACUGAACAAAUAUUUCCUGGUGAGCGUCUGACUACUUUUGAGUUUCACAUCUUCUCCAGCAGAAUGAAAACUUUGGGAGUCUAGAUCUAUUGGCAAACAUCAAAACCUUAUGUGUUCUCACCAAAAGAUGUUGCUCCACUUUUGUUGAAUUACUCCCUUCUAUUUAAUCGCUAAAGUGUUUGGCAACAAUCUAGCCAAAGUUAAACAUGUUUCAAUGAUGUUGCUUUCAGUGGGAGCAUUAAGGAUAUACUUAAACCUUUCCCAUUAAGGUGGAUGGGACUUAAAAUUGCUUGAAUCUGCUAGAUUAAUUUGAAUGUGCAGUGAAAGCAUAUUACCUUAUGGGUUAUUUAGCUUUUAAAGUUCUUAAAUAUUUGCGCACAUUUGCAUUUUGAUUCCAGUAACCAUUUUAUUCCAUUUUAAAAACCAGUUGGCUGACAUCUUUAAUAAUGGUGCACAGGUGCCGUUUGCAAAGCACCACCACAGCAUUUAGUAAUUGAGUCCCACUGUAAGUGUGCAGUUUUCACUUAUCUCUCUUUCCCCUAGAAGAGCUCUUUAACACCUGUAAAUAUGUCCCCAAAGGCUGUGUGACCCUCAGGAUUAAUAAACGCUGUGCAGGUGUUUUGUGCACACAGCCUCCACACAAUGAGCGAGUGAGGAUGUUGGCCAUCCUUCUAGUUUUGCAGUUAUUUGCUCUCUCUUCUUAUUCCCUGAAAUAUUAUUCGAAACAAUUCUAUGAAAAUUAAAAUUAAUAGAAUUGCUUGCAAAAAUAUUUCAGUUGGGAUUAUGGGGAAAUUAUACUGCUUUGUGGCCAUGAAAGCACUGCCUUAAUUUUUACUACCUCCGCUUACCUGUCCGUCGGUAGGGACAUCACUGAAUUAGUUCAACUGUAAUUUGUUUUCUGAACAUUUUCAAUGACACAGUAUUUUUUCUUAAUACAUGCUUAAAAGAGCAGGACUAUUCUUUGAUCAUUAACUCUUGAUGCAGUAUGUAUAGUAUUGAAAUGAAAGUACUAAGGUAACUAGUUAGAAUAUUGUAUUUGUUAAGAGAAAUAAUGUAGUGAUCUGAAUUCAACAAGGAACAUCGCUGGCACUGUGCAGAUAGAGAAACAAUGCAUUAAAAUGACUGGCUAGUAUUUUCUGCGCUAGCAGAAAACAGAGUUAGUGCAAGGAAUUCUCCCCUUCUUACCCUCCUGGUGCAGCCUGAAAAGCCAUUCUUGAGGGUCAAGGGACUAAGACAUGGCACAGGUGACUUGCAAGAGUGGAGGAGACCAUGGAAACUGCCAGAAAGUAUGUCUGCAUAGUUUGGGGGUCUCCCCUCUCCCCAUGCACUCACUGGUGCCCCACCCCAUGCUAAGAAUCCCUUGAUCUUUAGGAAUGGCUUUUUAAGCAACUCUGGGGACUGUAUAGCUUGCACUAACUCUGACUUGCAAUAGUGCCGCUCUGGAUGCUGGCCCUGUAUCUAUAUGUUUUAAUGCGUGACUCGCUUGGGUCCAAAGAUCUGGAACCUGCCUGCCUCUUCCCUUUGCAGCUCUUUGCUUCCCCCAAAAUUUUCCUGAGUGAGUUACCCCUUUGGAACACUGCAUUGGGAAGCAGCAGCCAGUUGGGGACUCUCACACACUUACCCACCCAAGCACCCUGCAUGUAUCACUUUGGAUCUAUGCCUGAGAACAUACUCAUAUUUUGCAUAAAAGUAAAGUAGUUGCUCACUCAAUUAUACAUUGAUAUUUGCAUUUUUAGUGAUGUUCAUUUUGUCUACGCAAUAUAUUUCCUGCCUUAUGUUAAAUAUAGUUUAUGUACAUUGCAUACUGCCAAUAAACUAUUUUUGCUCAUAA